UUUGUUUCACAACGUAAGCAGGAUGAAUUUUUUCGAGUAAAAAUUGCUAGUUCGUAAAGAUUCCUAAAGGAAACCGAUAGUUCCCUUCUUGAAGAAAUUUUUUCUACGUCUACCGCGUAACUUAACAAUGAAGUUUGUGACACAUUAUCAGUGCUUCAGACUGAUCAGACUUGAUGAUUUAAUUUAUGAAAACGUUUGUUGAUGUAUUGUUCAACGUUAAAGCUAUAUCUACUUCUUACGAAAUUAUCAGUUAAGAGGCGAUAACGUUUUAAGUCGAUCUUUGAUCUAUGAGAAAAUGUUUGUCGUCGUAUAACGAUAAUAAGUGGUUACGUAGGUAACAUAAUGAUGAGGUGACACCUGGUUCUGCCAUGCGGAACAGGUCAGUCAGUAUUAUUUUUGGCUCUCUUGUUCUGUGGGGUUUAAUUACAUAUUUUUUGAUUUCUGAUCAACCAGUGAAUAAAGAACAAGACACUGCUAGGGUAUCUAAUCAAAUUAGUAAAUUGGAAAGAAGAAUAAAGCAAGAAAUAAUAUUGAAUCAGGAGCUUCUACAGGAUAUUAAAGAGGAUAAACAACGUAAAAAAAAAUUAGAUACUGCAAAUACAAAUUCAAACGAAAAACAAAAAAAUGCAAAUCAUAUUAACUCGGAUAAGAUUUUGCUUAAAAAGGAGGAGAAGGAGGAAGGAAAUACUGAUAAAAACUCAAAAUUCUUAUACACAGAAUCUAACAAAACUCACGAAGUUCCUAGAAAAGGAAAAUUACCAAAUGGAUCUCCAAUAAUAGCAGUUUUGGUAUUUUCUUGUAAUCGUAUUACUGUAAAAAGAUGUCUUGAUCAAUUGAUAAAAUAUAGACCUAGCUUAGAACAGUUUCCAAUUAUUGUCUCAGAAGAUUGCCAACAUCGUCAAACAGCUGAAAUUAUUAGUACAUAUGGAAAUCAAAUAAUGCACAUACAGCAACCUGAUCAAUCUGAUAUUGAAGUACCACCAAAAGAGAAAAAGUUUAAAGGGUAUUUUAAAAUCGCACGCCAUUAUGGAUGGGCUCUUAAUUACGUCUUUUUUCAGCUUGGAUACGAUACUGUGAUAAUAGUUGAAGAUGAUUUGGAUGUAGCUUCAGACUUUUUUGAAUACUUUUUGGGUACUUAUCCUUUAUUAGUGUCUGAUAAUUCCCUAUGGUGUGUAUCAGCAUGGAAUGAUAAUGGUAAAUCUGGUUUGGUCGAUGAAAACGCGUCAGACAUAUUGUAUAGGACAGAUUUCUUUCCUGGAUUAGGAUGGAUGUUAACGCGUCAAUUGUGGUCAGAGCUUUCGCCAAAAUGGCCCAAAUCAUAUUGGGACGACUGGAUAAGACAACCCGAACAACGUCGUGAUAGAGCUUGCAUUCGACCAGAAAUAUCUAGAACAAGGACAUUUGGUAAAACUGGAGUGAGCAAUGGAAUGUUUUAUGAAAGGCAUUUAAAAUAUAUAAAGUUAAAUACAGAAUAUGUGCAUUUUACCAAGAUGAAUUUAACUUAUUUAUUAAAAGACAAUUAUGAUAUUAAUUUCGUCAACGAGGUAUAUCAAUCGACAGUGGUGAGUUUUUUAGAGUUAAAGAGUGGGAAAGUUAUGACACCAGGCGCUGUACGGAUACCUUAUUAUUCACGUCAAGCAUAUAAAAAUACUGCCAAGCAGUUUGGAUUAAUGGAUGAUUUUAGGAGUGGGGUACCAAGAACAGGAUAUCGUGGAGUGGUUACAUUCUUCUAUAAAGGGAGAAGAGUACAUUUAGCACCCAGUCCAAACUGGAGUGGUUACGAUAUCACUUGGAGCUAAUAAAACAUUCACCAUUACAGACUUAUUUUUCAGAUAAACAUAAGUAAUUGCUUCCACGAACUUCAACAGAGUUGAAUGAAUAUUUUGAUUAUGUUGAAUGCACAGUAUGAACGAUUGUUUGUUAUAAAUAUCUUGCGCUAACGUGCAAAGCCAGUUCGUCAACUAGUUUAAUCUGAAUUAAUGUAAAACACGUGUUGAUGAAUUAACUUGAAAACAAUGUUUGCUUGUAAUUUCUUUUUGUAGAAAAUUUGUAAGCGAAAUUGAAAUGAACAUUGUUACAUAAUAUGAGAUUUGCAUAGUGCCUCAAAAAUCGUACCCGCUGUUUGUGUAUAGUUCUACACAAAUAUGAAAAUUCUCGAAACCUAUUCCUUCGAUUACGAAGAAAUUAAUGAUCAAUCAAGAAAAUAAUAUUUGGGAAUUUCAUAUUUGCGUAGCGCUAGAUGUUAAAAUGAUCGAUAUAAGGAACUUAGAUUAUUCGUGCAGUUUUCGUCUUAUUUAAUAUGAAAUUAAUCGAUCCGAUGAACUCUGUUUUACAUUAAAAUAUUUUUUACUAUUUCAGAAACUUUGCUUUUUGAAACUUCAUUUCUGUACAAUAAUAAUAAUAUUAAUGAUGAUUUUGUUUUACACGAAUGAUCUAAUUUCUGUUGCCAUGUAUAUAAUGUUUAUAUAUUAUGUAUGUAUAGUUUAUCAAUGCAAUUUUUCUUUUGCUUA